AUGAAUGAUAUUGAACACACUAAUAAAGAGAUUUAUAGUACUGGCAAUCCUCCACCAAAUGAAAUUAAUAAUAGAAGACAAGCUCACCGAACAAGUCCAAGUCCAGAAGCACCUUCAACUGCAACCGCUAGUGGUAAUCAAUUAGCACCUCUUGAUGCUCAUUAUUCAUUACCAUCAGCCAAUAAAAAUAUUGCUGGAAAUUCUCGUACACUGUCUCCAGCUUCAAAGGCUAAUUCCUUAGCAGCAAAACCUGGUGCUGGAAAUUCAAAUUCAUUACCAGGUCAUCAAACAGGUCGAUCAAAAAUAAAUAAUUAUCAACUAUUAGAACAGCAAGCAUUAAAUUUAUCAGACAAUUUACAUAGUAGUGGUACUCCUGGUGAUCAAGAUACAAAUCCAUUUACACCAUCAUCAUUAUCACGUAAAAAAAAUCUAUCUACUUCCGAUCUUGAUCCAAUUGAACGUAAAAAACAAGCAGCAUUAGCUAAAGUUGAAACAAAAUUAGAAAAAGCCAAACUUUUACAUCAAAAAGCUCAUAUAAGUGUUGAACAAGAAAUAUCUGAUUUUCUUCGUCAAACAGCAAUGCCUAAUGUAAAUAAUGAAGUAAAUACGUCUCGAACAACAAAUGCUUCAUUUGAUAAACGUAUUAAAACAUUACAAGAUACAAAAAAAGAAUUAGAAAAAAAAAUUGCAGCUUAUCAAUCCGACAUUGCACGUAUACAAUCGGGAGAUAUACCACAUAAUUACACAUCAUCAAAAGAUAUAUUUAGUAAUAUAAAAAGUACAGCAGCGAAAGUUGCUGGUGGAAGUUUAAAACAUCGACCAUCACAACUUCACGAUCAAACAAUAACUAUUACAGCUCCAAAUACACCUGAACAAACCAUAUCUUCGCAAUUUUUCGAGUUAGAUAGUCAUCAUCCUCAUCAUCAUCAUACAAAUCCAUUGGCAACGCCAACAACACCAACGCCUGCAUCAGUAUCUACAAGUGGAGCAGUGAAUAACAAUAAUCAAAGUUCAAUAACACAAGCUCUACAUAGUUCUAUAUUUGAACCUACCCAUCCAAUAUUAUCAACUACAAUAUCAAAUGAAGUUGGCAAUUCUCAAUUUUAUAUUGAUUCAACUCUUGAUGGUCCAACCAUGUAUGAUAUCGAUAAAUCACCAACAACAAAACGACGUCUUACUGAUGAUUCACUUACAGACUAUACUGAUCGAACAUCAGAUCAUUCGGGUGAUGAUCGACAUAUCAAUAAUACAUCAAAACGAAAUACAUCAACUACUACAGCAAGUGAAUAUCAACAAUUAAAUACAAAAAUUGAUUCAAUGCAAAAAAGUUUUGAGCGAUAUGAAACAAAAAUAAAUGAUAUGCAAAAACAAAUCGAUUCAUUAAAUGUUAUUAACGAUACACAACGUGAACAAAACGAACGUUUAAAUACUGAAUUAACUGAUCUAAUAGAUUUACAUCAAGUUGAAAUGUUAUCAAUGAAAACAGAUUUAAAAAAUUUGGAAGAGCGACUUGCAUAUAAAUUUAAUGAUUAUUGGAAUGAAGUAUUAGAAAAAUUAGAUAAACUCGAUACAAGGACUGCAAAAGUUGAACAAACUCAAACGCAUUCUCUUGAAACAGAAGAAAAUACGCAUCGAAUCAUAAGUAAACUAGUCAAUAUCGUAUUAACUGUUUUUGCAAUUAUUCUAUUACUAUUAUCUACUCUAAAAAAUCUUGUUCAAUCACGUGUUCAUGCCAUGACUUUAUUAAUACUUGCAAUUAUAUGGAUUACAUUCCAUUAUCUACCUCCAAAUUAUUUUCAAACUUCGUUUUUAAAAAACUUCCCAAAUGUGUUCAAACGAACAUCUUGA